UAUUUCAGGUUUACAACAUGAUCUGGUACUUAUUGGAUAAAAAAGAACUGCGUCAACUAUCUAACUCAGAUGAUGAAGAUGACACUGAUUCACACAAAGAUUUGACCACAGAUGAGCGUAACAAGCGGGCCAAUAUUUUGAAUAAACUAAAAGAGACUGUUUGCGAAACCUUAGGAAAAUCAUGGCCUAAAAAUUCCAUUGAAACACAAAAGAAAUAUCAACAACUAUUUGCCGAACGUUGUUCACAAUGUUUGCGUGACAAUACUCGCUCGGUACAGGUCAGCCUAAUGGUGGCAUUAACCAAAUUUAUAGAACGUUUACAAGUGCUCAACAAUGAACAGACAGAAGAGUUGGAAGGUAAUAAAGAGAAAAAGGUUAAAGUGGAUGUUCAGCUUGAAAGAGAUGGUAUAAUAGAGAAAAUUUCCCAAGAUAUAUUAUCGGCUGUUACUUAUGCGGCAGGCAUACCACACACUGGCCUUAAGAAGGAAGCUCUUAAUAUUGUUUUAAUUUUAAUUAAACGUCUUACCGAUGCCAAGAAUAUGAAACACUUAACAGCGAUUAGACAAAAUUUCGAGGAGAAUUUGGAAAAGUUCCAAAAAGAUUCCGCACCCGAAAUCAGAUGUCGCAUUAAGGAUAUUGAGGAGAAAUUUAGCAAGUGUAGUUUUCAUGACUAUUAAUUGCAAAAAGCAAAAUAGGGAAGGUUGAGUAAAAAACAAUGGAAAUAUACAAUUUCAUAUAAAAUAAAGGAAAUAAAAAAUAAUUUUAUAACGAUA